CUUCUUCUCUCCACUCUCCUCAUCCAGACUCUCCUGCAACGCUCUCUUGGAUCCGAUCAUUUAGGAGAAUUUUGCAAUUCCAACAAGAAAAUCUCAGACAAACCCACAAUGGCCAACAUUGGCUUAGUCCUAUCCGAACUCGAAACUGAACCCCAUCUAAUGGCUUUGCUACAGCCUCAAAAGGCCAAGAAAAAGAGACAGUGUAUGGGUUCCUAUAGUGCAGAGGUGACGUCCCAAAGAUUGUUCAUUUUGCAUGAGUGACUCGGCAAAACAGAUCUGCCAGCUCUGCCCCAACGAAGCUGACACAAGAAUAUGGUUUGACAAUUGUUUCCUUCGUUAUGACACUGAUGAUUUUAUCGGAGAACUGGAUACCGGGUAUGGUAUCUUCUAUUGGAAUGUAGAGAAUGUAACUGAACCUGAGAGGUUUGCGAAGGAACUCGGAGAUUUGAUGGACCAGGUCAGGGCAGAGGCAGUGGAGCCUGGUAACGAGGGCUUUGGGAGUGGAAAGACCAAGUUCUCACCAUUUGUGACCAUCUAUGGGUUGGUACAGUGCACCAAAGACUUGCCUGAGCUCCGUUGUGCACAGUGUUUGUCCAUUGCUAUUUCGAACGGCAGCGGCAGCUACUGCGAUGGCAAGAAGGGGUGUUGGGUGCUCUAUAGCAGUUGUUGUGUGCGGUUUGAGAUAUACCCCUUCUUCCUGCCGCCUAGUUCCUAUACAGGAAAUGAGAUCCAUGCUUCCCAUGCUAUGUACCAUAAAAAUUAGGUAAUUGACAUUGUCUUUGAGACCCAUGAGUCACCCUUAUUAAAAGAUGCAU